AUGAAAGGAAUGUUUUAAGAAGGAAUAUUUUAAGGUAUUGAAAAUAAGAGUAAAAAUUAUAUUUAAAUUUAAAACUUUGAAUAAUCAAUAAUAAUAUCCGAAUGUAAUUUAGUGGAGUUGAGAUAAAGAGAAGGUUAAACAUUAAAAAUUUUAGAGAGAAAUUUAGGUAUAUAGAAGUAAGCAAAUAUUUAGGAAUUUCAAACAACAAAAUCAAAAUAGAUACAAACAAUUAAAUCUGAUUCUAUUAAUCAAAUAAAAUAACUAGAGUAUACUAAAUAAUAAACAGAUUAAUAAGUAUUAAAGAAUAGAGAAAAAAAAUAAUAAUGUGAUGUAUCAAAUGAAGCUAUAGAAGUAAUGAAAAUAGAUGAUGAUAAAAUAAGUGUCGAAGGGCCAGUUAAAGUAAGAAAUUAGGCGACAACAUAAAUAUAAUUAAAAGAAGAGAAAUGUACAAUUAUUAUCAUUAUUUAGAACUCAAAUAAUUUAAUUAAGUAAGUUAACUGAGUCAGGGUUGUUCUGGUUUAGAAUUUGAAGUUUUGAAAAAGAUACAUUAGGUUCGAUUAAAUAGAUUGGAUGGAAUAAAAAUGGACUUUUUUAGAGCGAUUGAAAGAUUAGAAAAAUCUGAUUGUAUAACUGAUUUGGUUGGAGAUAAAUAAAUUGUAUAACUAAUUAUUACUUAAUUUCCUGUAAGAUAUAUGAAUAUAUUUAGUAUUUGAGAAGAGUUAGAGGUGAUGGGAAUUGUUUGUUUUCAAGUUUACUCUUUCCUUACUUAGAAUUGAUUUAUGUAAAUAAUCUAUUUGAUAAUGUUUUGAAUUAAUUCGUAGCUCAUGAAAUUUAUUGGAAUAAGUAAAUAUUUAAUAAAAAUAAUAAAGGGCUGUGAUAAUUGAUCCACCUAUAGUUUUUCCUUUGAUUAAGAAGAUCUUUCAGGAGUUGAAGAAGCUUAGUAAAAAAUGUAAUAACGAUUUGAUGAUGUUUUCAGAAGUGAUACUUCAUUACAUGAAUCAAGUGAAUGGCUUUUAUGACAUCCUCAUUAUAUUUAUGCGUUCAACUAUUAUAUAGAGUUAUAAAUUAUACUUCCAAGAAGGAGAAUAUCAAUAUUUUUUAGACGAAAAGACUACUGAAGAAUUCUUAGAAAAAAACAGUAGUUUUGAGGAAGAAGGAGAUUUUUUAUCAAUAUAAUUCUUUUGUGAAAUUUCUUAAAUAAAGGUGAAAUUGAUUAAUUUCUCAGAUAAGCAUCCAAUUUACUCUAUGUAAAUACUUGAACCUAAGUUAAAUAAAGUCAGAUAAGAUUAAAGCAACUUUAUAACUUUGAAAUAUAAUGAGGGUCAUUACGACAUUCUUUAUUCUAGAAUGUUAAAGUAAAUAAUAAUAAAGGAGGAAGAGAGAUAGCUUCCAUAAAUUGAAUUUACUGCUUUAUAUUGA